AAAUAAAACUAAACAAUGUUUUUUUCUGGGGUAUAUUGCAGGGAAAGUGCAGCCAUUCCAUCUAGGAUGAAAAUGGCUCAGUGUUCGACUCGAGACAUGUUGAGUAAUCUGCCAGAAAGUAUACUAGAAAACAUCUUUUUACAUUUGUCAAUGAGAGACGUGGUGAGGACCAGUGUCCUAUCAACUCAGUGGAGAUACAAAUGCUCAUUUCCACAUCUCAUAUUCAAUGAUGAAUGUAUACCAGUUUCUGCUGGUUCACUUGGUCAUGAUAAACUUGUGAAAAUUGUCAAUCAUGUUCUCCUACGUCAUAGAGGCCCAGUUCUAACAUUCCAUAUCUCUAGUUCCAUGUUAAAAACCUGUUCAGAAAUAGACAGCUGGAUCAUUAACCUCUCAUUAUAUUCUGUCGAAGAGUUUAAACUUCACAUUUCUACAUCCCAGCGUCAUAAUGUUCAUCCAUGUUUAUUCUCCUUUAGACGACUGAAUCAUCUAACACUGGUUCGUUGCAUAAUUGUUCCUCCUGUGACCUUCAAAGGCUUUAGCUGUCUCACAAAUCUAGUUUUUAAAAAAGUUACACUCUCUAGUGUAACAUUGAAAUAUUUGGUUUCUGCCUGCCCUCAACUAGAAAAGUUGACAUUGACUGAUAUCGAUGGUCCUAUUUAUAUUGAACUUAGCAAUCCAAAACUCAAGUACUUGUGGAUCUCUGGAAAAUUCACUGGUAUGUGCCUCAAAGAUUUGAGACUUUUAGUCUAUGCAAACUUUCAUGCAUCAACUGCAGCUCAUCUUCUCCAAUGGAGAACCUGCAACAUUAGCAACAUUCUUGGCUCUCUAGUCGGUAUUCAAAAGCUUGUCAUGGGAGGCUGGUUUCUACAGGUAAUAGAACCUUGUGAUUUUUCGUAUUUACGCAGCAAUUGGCACAUAAUCUUUUGUGUUUACUUCUGCUUGAAUUCUAUUACAGUCCUUAGUCGGCAGUGAUGUGGAGAGGAGGCUUCCUUCUGCUUAUAAUCAUUUGAAGAGUAUCUCCCUUCCAUUAAAUACGGAGGAUAUGAAAGAGAUUUUAGUUGCUAUAUGUUUACUUAAUAGCUCCCCUAAUUUGCAAGAGCUUGAAAUCUUGGUAACUUACUUGUACUAUACUUUUUCUUUUUGUCUUCCUAUGGUUCUUUGUUCUCAUUAACUUUUUCAAUCCUCCAGUUCUGGCAUAGUAGGGUAUCUGCGAUUGAUCCUGUCAUUGAUCUGCAAGAAGCAAAGGAUCAGUUGAAGUGUACUUUCAACAAACUCCGGGUUGUAGAAAUUUCUAAACUCUUUGGCUUGGAAAUUGAAUUGGUACUCGUUAAAUUUAUCCUAGCCAAUUCACCGGUGCUUGUGACGAUGAAUAUCAGUCCU